AUGUCGUUCAGCUCCAUUCCUAUCCUCGAUCUCUCCGAGGCGCGCAACCCCGCAACGAAGCCGGCCUUCCUUGACUCACUCCGCCACGCGCUUCUGGAAGUCGGGUUCCUCUAUAUCAAGAACACAGGCGUCGAUGAUAAGCUGAUACAGGAGGUUAUUGAGCAGGGGAAGAGAUUUUUCGAGCUACCGGAGGAGAAGAAGUUGGAGAUUGAGAUGAAGAAUGCGCCUAGUUUUCUGGGCUACUCCCGCCUCGGCAACGAAAUAACACGCUUCAAAACCGACUGGCGCGAACAAAUAGACCUCUCAACCACACAUCCCACCCCCUCCCCAUCCGACCCUCUCUACCACAAUCUCCUAGCCCCGAACCAAUGGCCUGAUCCCACAUCCCUUCCCCACUUCCGCCCCGUCUACGAACAGUACAUGACCAAGAUGGGCGCGAUCAGUAUGGAAUUCAUCUCGCUCGUGGCAGAAGCGAUCGGGCUGCCCGCGAACGCCUUUGAGCGCUUCUUCGACAAGGAGCAGCAGCACAAGCUGAAGAUUGUCAAGUAUCCGGAUCUGCAAGAGCUGGGCAUUGAAGGGGAUGAGGGUGAGAGCCAGGGCGUGGGCCCGCAUAAGGAUAGUAUGCUUACGAGCUAUUUAUUGCAGGCGAGCCACCAUCGUGGAUUGCAGGUGCAGAAUCAUCGGGGGGAGUGGGUGGAUUGUCCGCCCAUUGAUGGGACGUUUGUCGUAGCGAUUGGGCAGGGGUUGGAGGCUAUGACGCAGGGGGUUUGUCAGAGCACUACCCACCGCGUCCUAAGCCCCGCGCGGGGUAGUGGUGCCCGCUACAGCGUCCCCUUCUUCCAGGGUGUAAGCUACGACGCUACGUUCGAAAGCAUGGACGUGCCCACGCAAGUCAAAGCGCUGCGUGAGGAGGUUAUCAAGCGCAACGGCAUCCGGCAGGAUGAUAUUGAGUUUACGUUUUCGAAGGGAAGAUGGGGUCAUCUAGGGGAAGCGACACUGAUGAAUCGGAUUAAGAGUCAUCCAGACGUUGGAGAGCGUUGGUAUCCAACACUCCUUCAGAAGAUCAGAGAUGAGCAGGCUCAAAAUGAUCAGGUUGCAGAGGAACCUCAGGGUUUGCUGAAGGAGAAAACUCGGGUUAGCAGUAAACUAGUUGAGGCACACUGA